AUGGCGCUCGAGCGGACGUGCGUUGUGGAGGAGGGGCUGGCGGGGUUGGAGGUCCGGGACAUGAGCGCACACAUGGGCCCGCAAGGAACGAUCGCCAUCACGAGCAGGCAGGGCCUCUGGUUCGCCGUCGACGAUCAGCUGGGGAGAGAUGGGGAGGAGGAGGGGAGAGGGGAUGAAGGAGGCGGGAGGUCGAGGAGGGUGGAGCCUGUGGUUCAGAAAGACGCAGCAGGAAAGUGGCUUGACCUUGGCAGCGUCUGCUGGUGUCCUGAUGCUGCGCGGGCGGGCUGGCUGGCGGCAGUGAAGCAGAGGAGUGUGAUGUUGUGGGACGCUGGGCUUGGAGCAGCUUGCGGGAGCUCGGAGGCAGGAGGAGGACGAUCUCUGACGGAUGUGGACUGGGGGCCGAUGCUUGUGGCAGGAAGCAUGGACGGCAUGAUCUCGGUGUUCGAUCCUCGCGACGUCGGCUCGCCUGUUGUCUCGCUCCUCACCAAGACCAUCGGACACACUCAAGUUCGCUGCUGCCGGAGGAACAGCAACCUCCUCGCGUCCGCUCACGCUGGCAACGUGCUGGUGUGGGACGUGAGGGCGGGGAAGCGUCCUCUAGCGACCAUGAUGGCGCAUGUCAGCAACAAGGUCGGCAAGAUCGACUGGAGCCCUUGCAACGCGGAGGAGCUGGUGACCUGCUCGCCUACCGAGAGCGAGGUCAAGCUGUGGAGGGUGAGCCAGCCGCAGCAGGAGCACGCGACCUUGAAGAUGUGCUCGCACGUCAGCAGCGCCAUGUUCUCUCCCUCCGGCGACAUGCUCCUCACCGCCCAUGCCGACUGUCGUCUCCGCCUGACCGCCAUCAGCACCAGCUCCACCCUCCUCACCAUCCCCACCGCCACUGUCGUCGAGCGGCGAGUCGACUGGGUCUGUCCUGUCGGCGACGCUUCCGUCCUGCUGCCAUGGCGGGUGGCGGCGAUCACUUCGCCGGUGGGAGGGAGCAGGGUGAACGUGCUGAAGGAGUGGGUGCUGUCCUCUCAACCCGAGCAUGCGGCUGAGACUGCUGAGCGAGCAAACAGCUCAGCAGACUCGGAGGGCGAAGAAGUUGAAGAUGGAUACAACACGACCCACAGACUCUUACAAGCUGAGGACCUGCUGGGCGUUGACAGCAUCCACAUCACGUGA